AUGGAGCUCAUAAGCUUUCAUUUUCAAUUUUUCUUACUACCUCACACCAGUAUGCUAUCAGUGGUGUUGUUUCUGGUUGCCUGUAUAAAUGUGGCACAUGCAGACGAUGAACAACGAUCUACGAUCCACAAGUUGCAAUACGACGAAAUCAAGCCGAUCCCCGGUGUAGAAAGCAAUUCUCUCAUUAAUUCAAUCGCCCUCCAUUUCCAGCCGAUGCUCUUCAUUUCCAGCGGUUGCCACCCUUAUCCCGCCGUUGACGAACAUGGCUAUAUUAGCAACGGCCUUGGGGUUUCUCACUUGUUUACCGAUUGUAUGGGUUCGCCACAGGGAUCUCAAGUGUAUGGUCGCGCUUUUGCAUUCAGAGGUCAUUUGGCCAUUAUGUAUUCAUGGUAUUUCCCACGAGAUUUCAUGACGGCACCUUUCUAUAUUGGACACCGUCAUGGAUGGGAACACGCCAUCUUAUGGUUCGGACCUGAUACGGAAAACCCGACAUUGCUUGCUGUGACUGUUGAAUCCACGUUUGGCUACAAAACAUACGCUCCACCUCCCUCCAAAUAUAUGCAUGGCGACCAUUUCAAACUGAAAUACACUUGGUUGGGUGUAACUCAGCACUAUUUGACUGCUACAGAAAAAUCUGGAGAGUUCCAGGACUUGAUCAUGUGGGACUGCAUGGACGAACACGUCCGCCACUCCUUAAACCACAAGGUUUCGCACAACUUUGACCCCCCAAUCCGUGACGACAGAUUCUUCCAUGCUCUUCGCAAAUCGUUUCCUUUUUAA